AUGGCAGGGACAGCACGCCACGAUCGGGAGAUGGCGAUCCAGGCCAAGAAAAAGCUCACCACGGCCACCGACCCCAUUGAAAGACUCCGACUGCAGUGCCUGGCCAGGGGCUCUGCAGGCAUCAAAGGACUUGGCAGAGUGUUUCGAAUUAUGGAUGACAAUAAUAACCGAACCCUUGACUUCAAAGAAUUUGUGAAAGGGCUAAAUGAUUAUGCUGUGGUCAUGGAAAAGGAGGAGGCAGAAGAGCUCUUCCGGAGGUUUGAUAAAGAUGGAAAUGGAACAAUAGACUUCAAUGAAUUUCUUCUUACAUUAAGACCUCCAAUGUCUAGAGCCAGAAAAGAGGUAGUUAUGCAAGCUUUUAGGAAGUUAGACAAGACUGGAGACGGAGUUAUAACAAUUGAAGAUCUUCGGGAGGUAUAUAACGCAAAACACCACCCUAAGUAUCAAAAUGGAGAAUGGACCGAGGAACAAGUGUUCAGGAAAUUUCUGGAUAACUUUGAUUCACCCUAUGACAAAGAUGGACUGGUGACCCCCGAGGAGUUUAUGAACUACUAUGCAGGGGUGAGCGCAUCCAUUGACACCGACGUGUAUUUCAUUGUCGUGAUGAGAACUGCCUGGAAGCUCUAA